CGGAGCUAUGAGUAGGAAACCUGUUUCAGCUUGUCGGCUCACUGCCGGGCAGACACACAAGUUGGCACGAUGUGGCUAUGAGACUGUUGGUGACCUGGAAUAUGUGACAGUUGCGGAGCUCAGCAAAGAGUUGGAGAUUGGUGAGGAAGAAGCUGCCCAGAUUCUUCGCCAGAUCAAGGAUGACUCCUCGUCAGGUGUUGAGUCAUCGACGGUGUUUUCUGGACUGAGGCGAGAAGAGCAGCUGCACAGCCUCUCUACACUCACUCGUGACUUUGAUGAGCUGCUGGGAGGUGGGAUCGAACCGCGCAAGCUCACAGAGUUCUGUGGUGCACCUGGAGCAGGCAAAACCCAACUCGCCAUGCAGCUGUCUGUGAACUGCCAGCUGCCUCACGCAUUUGGUGGACUCGCUGGACAAGUUGUGUACAUUGACACGGAGGGCAGCUUCAUGGCAGACAGGUUCAAGGAGAUUGCAGAGCACACGCGCUCAGAGCUUCAGCCGCGUGCAUCCCGACGGCGAAAGAAGCAGGCGGCGCUGCCGUCGGUCGAGGAGAUGCUCGAAGGCGUGCACGUGUUUCGUGUUCACAACUACAUUGAGCAAAUCGCCGUGCUCAACGCCCUGCCUGCGUUCCAGAUUGAUCAUCCGCAGGUGAAGCUGGUUGUGAUUGACAGCAUUGCGUUUCACUUCCGCGCGGACUUCCACGACAUGGGUCUGCGCACGCGUCUGCUGAACGGCGCAGCACAGCAGCUCCUCUCCCUGGCCACCCAGCACAACAUCGUCGUGCUCAUCACCAACCAGAUGACCACCACCAUCAAGGAUGGAACAGCAACCCUCAUUCCAGCGCUCGGGGAAACUUGGGCACACGCGUGCACAACGCGGGUUGUUCUCGCCUUUGAUGGCGACACACGGUCUGCGUCCCUCUUCAAGUCGCCGUCGCUGCCCGAGGGCUCUAUCCACUACUCAGUCACGGCUGGAGGGGUGCGGAGUGUGCGCGGGGCUGCGGGGCCGUCAUCGCAGACGCCCUCGUCAUCAUCAACCUCCUCGACAGCAGCAACAGCAGCAGCAGCAGCUACAACAGCAAAGCGCCGACACGAGCACUCAUAGCAAGCGGCCUGCGUGUUGUGUCGUCAGUCACUGGGUGAUGUUCUCAUUGCAGACGCAGCAAGAAGAGCAGCAGCAGCGGCGGCGGCGGCGGCGGCGCUGGUUGUGCGUGAGGUAAAUGGCGAGUUUAAUGAAUCAAGGGAAAAUACGGCGGGUUGCUUAAUACCUCUUGCCUGACAGAGGGGCAAGAAGAGACCAAGUGGGGUGUGAUGGUGGGAAUGGACUGGGGCCAGUGCUGCUGCUGUGAUUUUCAGACAUGACCGUGUGUGCCAUGAUACAGCAAGCACCGCAGCUCCACGCAUAGUUUUGCCUAAGGAAGCUUCUAAAAUAAACGUUCACAACCACA